AUGCCGAUCGCCCUGGACGACAAACGCGUUCGGCUCGUCAAGACAGCCUUUGUGACGUACUACCACCGCGAUGUACACAAGGCGUCCAAGUUCCUGCUGGACUUUGGAUUCGAGGUGGCGGAGCAACGGGGCGACGAGGUCAUUUUCUUCAAGGGCUACGGGCCCGACCCGUACUGCUACGUGGCACGGCGGGCCGGGGAAUGGGAGGAGCCCCGGUUCGGCGGCGCGGCCUACCUGGUCGAGUCAGCGGCGGAGCUGGAGAAGGCCAGCAGAAACAUCCCGGGGGCGUCGGCGAUCAGCAAGCUGGACGCACCGGGGGGCGGGGGCAUCAUCACGCUGACGGACCCGGUCGGACACCUGGUGCACCUGGUACACGGGAUCCAGGAGAAGCCCAGCGAGCCGCCCGCCGACAAGAACAAGAACCUGCAGAAGCUGGUGGUCAACUACGAGGAUGAGAAGCGGCGCGCGGGCAAGUGGCAGCGGUUCCAGCCGGGGCCGGCACCCGUGCACAAAUGGGGCCACUACGGCGUCAGCUACCCCCCGGGCCGGCACCAGGACAUGGUCGACUGGUACACGGGCCACCUGGCGCUGGCGGUCAGCGACAAGGUGACCAUCGGGGGCCAGGACGCCGUGACGUUCUUCCACAUCGACCGCGGGCUCGAGUACACCGACCACCACUCGUUCUACAUCAAGCCGACGCGCGGCGACGAGGAGAAGCCCGACGUCGCCCACAGCGCCUUCGAGGUCCACGACUACGACGUCCAGCAGCUCGCCCACAACUACCUCGAAUCCAAGGGCUACAAGCUCUCGUGGGGCGUCGGCCGGCACGUGCUGGGCAGCCAGAUCUUCGACUAUUGGUACGACGAGUCCGGGUUCGAGCUCGAGCAUUAUGCAGACGGAGAUCUGGUCAAUUGCGAGACGGAGGUGACGGUACAGGAGAAUGGACCGCAUACCAUGUAUGUCUGGGGACCGCCGCGGCCGGCGGCACGCGGCUGA